AUGUACGGGCUACAUGAAUCGACUUCAGCAAAUCUUCUGGACUUUGUCGGUUUUUAUCUCAUCCAGAAUGCUUUGCCCGCGGUGAUGAUCGUCGCCACACCAAAGCAAUCCCCGAUUCGCCUCUUGGCAAUCGGUGCCAUGAUAUUAAUUGCCAGUCGUUUUAUACGGCCAUUCGCUCCAGCUGGCAGUCCUGCUUGGUGUCAAGCUAUUUGUCAACUUGUCCUGGUGUCUAUACAAGCCACGCACCUCCUGUUAAUUCGUCCGCUUGAUCGUUGGGAUAUCGCGAAUGCUUUCAGAGGAUCGCAGAGCAUAAUCUCGCAUAUGUACAAUGCGAUGAGGGCUUUGAUUCAGACCCGAGGAGUUGAUACUCCCUGGCAGGUGAAGAAUGUCCCAUCGCAUUCGAAAUACUACCAACGACGUGGCAUGGAUACACCUCAGCGGGUUCAGUUCAUAACCCGUCAGGCAUUGAUUCUGGCGUGGCAAUAUCUGGCUCUGGACAUUACUCAAGCUGCAUCGAUUCAGAGUUCACUGUCCCAGCAGAGCCUCAACGUAAAGCCAGAGUGGAAUAUUCCACUGAGCAAGUGGGCCGAACGAGGAACCACUCACCUAGCCAUCUGGUUUGUCGUGAACCGGUUGAUUGGGGACUCUGCAUAUCGACUACUAUCAAUUCUUUUCGUCGGUCUCGGUAUAGACGAUCCAUCAAAUUGGCCUCCUGCAUUCGGAAGUGUGGUUGAUUGCUACACACUACGAAAUUUCUGGGGAAAAUUUUGGCAUCAAUUCAUGCGCCAACCAUUUACAUCUCUUAGUAAAUUUGUUGCAAGGGAUAUACUUGGGCUUCCAUUUCCGUCCGUCCUGGAGCGAUACAUGAAUCUAUUUCUUGUAUUCCUUUUCUCGAGCAUGUUUCAUGUCAUUGUCGACUUGCUGCAGAGUGUACCGAUCGAGCACUCAGGCUCCAUCCCUUUUUUCAUGACUUUUGUCAUCGGUAUUGUGGUUGAGGAUGCGAUUCAGGAGCUUUGGCAGCGGCUGCUCCCCUCUGAUGCACAGAGUGAUUCUGCCAAAACUCCAUUCCCCCCGUUGUGGCAGCGAAUCAUUGGGUAUACUUGGGUCAUGGUAUGGUUGGCCAUCACGUCUACAUGGUACUUCACUCCGAUGAUCGCUUUGACUGGCCAAGACAUUACUAUGGUUCCUUUCAGCUUUGCUGGGAAAUUUGGUCUGUUUCCUAUCGUGGGGCUCUCCGUCAUCAGUGGCAUGAUCAUUGCUUAUGUAUAUGAGGUUGAACUUUGA